AUGCACUGCCCAUGUCGAGGGAGGCUGAAGCUCCUGGUGGUGUCACUGUCUUUUGUCAUUUUGCUGACAUGGCUGUACCUGCUGGUGGGCAAUCUGGAAAAUGGGCGCUCUCUUCUACUCUCUCCCUGUCUGGUGGAGUCAACAGAUGCUCGAUUACUGGAGCGGGAGGUUCUCGAGUCACGGGUGCGAGAGGUGGAGGAGGAGAACCGGCAGAUCCGUUUGCAACUCAGUCAGUCACAAGGUGUGGCUGCGCAGCCCCAGGAGGGUAACUAUGGUAACCAGCAGUGGGUGGCAUCCGCAGAUACGGGUCCAGAGGAUGUAGAAAACACAGCAGAGGAGCGUUCCAAUCAAAGUGAAUGUGCCCGGUCACCAACUGCAGAGAAAUGUGAGCUUAUUCAUGUGGCAUGUGUGUGUGCGGGUCAUAACGCCAGCCGUGAUGUGGUCACACUAGUCAAGUCUAUCCUGUUCCAUAGGAGAAACCCCUUGCACUUCCACUUUAUCACUGACACAGUCGCCAACCAGAUUCUCAGUACUUUGUUCCAGUCAUGGAUGGUCCCCUCUGUGCAGGUCAGCUUCUAUGACGCAGAUGAACUCAAGUCAGAGGUGUCAUGGAUACCCAACAAACACUAUUCAGGAAUUUAUGGCCUGAUGAAACUCACCCUUACCAAAGCUUUGCCCUCUGACCUGUCAAAGGUUAUUGUCCUGGAUACAGACAUUACUUUUGCCACAGACAUUGCUGAGCUGUGGGCUAUCUUUAAGAAGUUCACAGAGAAACAGGUGAUUGGGCUUGUGGAGAACCAGAGUGACUGGUAUCUAGGUAACCUGUGGAAAAACCAUAAACCUUGGCCAGCUCUUGGGCGGGGCUUCAAUACUGGGGUUAUCUUGCUCUACUUGGAGCGGCUGCGCAGGAUUGGUUGGGAGCAGAUGUGGAGACUAACGGCUGAAAGGGAGCUGAUGAGCAUGUUGUCCACGUCACUAGCUGAUCAGGACAUCUUCAAUGCUUUCAUCAAACAGAACCCAGUUCUGGUACAUCAGCUACCCUGCUUCUGGAAUGUUCAGUUGUCUGACCACACACGUUCUGAGCAAUGCUAUACUGAGGUGUCAGACCUUAAGGUGAUCCACUGGAACUCCCCUAAGAAGCUACGAGUUAAAAAUAAGCAUGUGGAAUUUUUCCGCAAUCUUUAUUUGACCUUCUUAGAGUAUGAUGGAAAUCUUCUCCGCCGGGAACUCUUUGGCUGUCCGAGCCAGGCCAGCUCCGAGAGCACUCGGCUUCAGGAAGCGCUGGAGGCCCUGGAUGAGGAUGACCAGUGCUAUGAUUUCAGACGGGAGCGAAUCAUGGUGCACCGUGUUCACCUGUACUUCUUGCAGUAUGAGUACACGCCCACUAUGGACAACACUGAUGUUACAUUGGUAGCUCAGCUCUCCAUGGACAGACUGCAGAUGCUGGAGGCUAUCUGUAAACACUGGGAGGGUCCCAUCAGUUUGGCCCUGUAUAUGUCUGAUGCUGAGGCUCAGCAGUUCCUGCGCUAUGCUCAAGCCUCUGAGGUCCUCAAGAACCGUAAGAAUGUGGGCUACCACAUUGUUUACAAAGAAGGCCAAUUCUAUCCAGUGAACCUGGUUCGCAAUGUGGCCCUUCGCAAUGUCAACACACCUUAUGUGUUUCUGACCGAUGUAGACUUCCUGCCUAUGUAUGGCCUCUACGAUUACCUCAGAAAAUCCAUUGUCCAGUUGGACAUGGCUAACAGUAAGAAAGCCCUGGUGGUUCCAGCCUUCGAGACACUGCGAUACCGCCUCUCCUUUCCAAAAUCCAAAGCUGAGCUACUCUCCAUGCUGGACAUGGGGACUCUCUACACCUUCAGGUACCAUGUUUGGACCAAGGGUCAUGCCCCAACCAAUUAUGCCAAAUGGAGGACAGCUACUACACCCUAUAAGGUUGAGUGGGAGGCGGACUUUGAGCCGUAUGUUGUAGUCCGACGAGACUGUCCUGAGUAUGAUCAGAGAUUUGUAGGCUUUGGCUGGAACAAAGUGUCUCACAUCAUGGAGCUUGAUGCACAGGAAUAUGAUCUGAUGGUUCUCCCUAAUGCCUUCAUGAUCCACAUGCCUCAUGCACCUAGCUUUGACAUCUCCAAAUUCCGUUCCAGUCCAAGUUACCGGUACUGCCUGACAACUCUCAAGGAUGAGUUCCACCAAGAUCUCUCCCGGAAGUAUGGCUCUGCUGCCCUGAAGUACCUCACAGCCCAGAGGAAUAUCUAA